GAAAGUAAAGUAAGGGUGUAAUCGUAAUUCAAAACUAAUUUUCUUGGCUAUAACUGAAGCGCUGGUAAGACAGAGCAAAACAGAACAAAUCUCGAAAGUAAAGUAAGCAUUAGUUAACACACACAUUCAUGGCUGAGAAAAGCAAGAUUUUGUUCAUCGGAGGAACAGGUUACAUCGGAAAACACAUAGUAGAAGCAAGUGCAAAAGCUGGUCAUCCUACUUUUGCAUUGGUCAGAGAAUCCACCCUUUCUGAUCCAGCCAAGGCUAAUCUUCUCAAUAAUUUCAAAACAUUAGGCGUCAACUUGGUUCCUGGGGAUUUGUAUGAUCAUGAGAAGUUGGUGAAAGCGAUUAAGGAGGUGGAUGUGGUGAUUUCCACGGUAAGUCAGGUUCAGAUUGCGGAUCAGGUGAAGAUUAUCGCUGCUAUUAAGGAGGCUGGUAACAUUAAGAGAUUUUUUCCUUCGGAAUUCGGGAAUGAUGUGGAUCGUGUCCAUGCGGUAGAGCCAGCAAAAUCUGCAUUUGAAACCAAAGUCCAAAUUCGACGUGCUAUUGAAGCGGAAGGAAUACCCUAUACAUAUGUCUCUAGCAACUACUUUGCUGGAUAUUUUCUCCCCACAUUAGCUCAGCCAGGACAAUUUGUUCCACCUCCACCCAAAGACAAAGUUGUCAUAUAUGGUGAUGGAAAUCCCAAAGCCGUGUUUAACAAGGAAGAUGACAUUGGAACGUUCACUAUUAGAGCAGUGGAUGAUCCAAGGACGUUGAACAAGAUUCUAUACAUUAAACCUCCUAAGAACAUUUACUCAUUCAACGAGCUUGUUGCCUUGUGGGAGAAGAAGAUUGGGAAGACUGUGGAGAAAAGUUAUAUUCCAGAAGAUAAACUUCUCAAGGAUAUUGACGAGGCACCUCUUCCAAUCAAUGUGAUAUUAUCAAUUAACCACUCUGUAUUUGUGAAGGGUGGUCAGACUAACUUUGUGAUAGAACCAUCUUUUGGAGUUGAGGCUUUUGAGUUGUACCCGGAUGUUAAGUACACUACUGUUGAGGAGUACCUUGAUCAGUUUGUUUGAGAGUUGAAACAAAAAAAACAAUGUAUUUGAAUAAUAAUGUUUGUAUGAGUUGUUUGUUGCUUUGGAGGAUUGAUGCGGAACUGCUCUGCCUCUCCUGCUUGUUGCUUCUUGUUUGCUAGGUAAACAAUUGUUUUUAAAUUGCAUUGCAACCGUAAUUCUGGUCACAAUAUUAAGGAUACAAUAUGUAGUCUUUGAAACUGCAUCAGACCGCAAUUGCGGGGUGAUUAUAAGAUUACGUGUUCGGCGGCAUUA